CCCCUCCCUCCAGCCUUUCUUCCAUUAUGUGUGCCAAUAUAGUCUACGAGUGGUUGAGGACCCUGAAGCUUUCUCAGUAUGCCGAGUCCUUUGUGGAUAAUGGCUAUGAUGACCUGGAGGUAUGCAAACAAAUUGGAGACCCGGACCUGGAUGCUAUUGGAGUCUCCCUGCCACAGCACCGGCAACGGAUCCAUGCAGCUGUUCAAAGGCUGAAGGAGAAGGAUGAGACCACAGCUGGGCUUUACUUCACCUUGGAACCUCAGCAGCAGGGCUCCCCUUCGCCAGAGAUCUACACCAGUCACCUGGUGGAGCAAUAUGAGGCCAAAACUUGGAAGGAGACACCUGCUCAGCAUCUUCAUGGGAAAGCAGCAACUCGCAACAAGGAGCCAAUUAUUUAUCCCAAACUCAGACUGAAAAUUAUGAUUAGGGAUAAACUCAUACGGGAUGGGAUCAACCUCAGCAAGCCACCUUACUCCAACAAGGAUGGGUCUUUGGGCAACAUUGAUGACUUGGCUCAACAGUAUGCUGAUUAUUAUAAUACUUGCUUUAGUGAUGUAUGUGAGAGAAUGGAAGAGCUGCGCAAACGGAGAGUUUCCCAAGACCUUGAUUUGGAGAAAUGUGAUGCCAGCUCCACAUCUCUACAGCUGCGAUCCCAGAUUGAAGAAUCCCUUGGCUUCAGCAGUGUUGUUUCAACCCCAGAAACAGAAAGAAAGCUCUCCCUCCAUAAAUCAAGUUCUGAAGAAAACUCUGUAGGUAAAGCAGAUUGGAAAAAGAAGAAUAAGUAUUUCUGGCAAAAUUUCCGAAAAAAUCAAAAGGGACUAAUGAGGCAGUCUUCAAAAGGAGAAGAUGUUGGUUAUGUGGCCAGUGAGAUCACAAUGAGUGAUGAGGAGCGGAUCCAGCUGAUGAUGAUGGUCAAAGAAAAGAUGAUCACUAUUGAGGAAGCACUUGCAAGGCUUAAGGAAUAUGAAGCACAACAUCGGCAGUCAGGCAGCACGGACUCUUCUGACUGGCCUGAUGACCCUUAUCCAACUCUUGAUGGUUCUUCUAAUUGUAAUUCAAGAGAGCAAUCGGAUGAUGAAUCGGAAGAAUCAGUGAAGUUUAAGAGACUGCAUAAAUUGGUCAACUCAACUCGCAGGGUCAGGAAGAAAUUGAUAAGAGUAGAAGAAAUUAAAAAACCCAGCUCUGAAGGGGUGGAAGAGCAUUCAUUUGACAGCUCUCCAGUACCAGAUGGCAGAUCAGCACUUUACUCUGGAGUUCAAAAGAAGCAAUGCUACUUGGAUAGCUCUUCUGAGAAGCAACCAGAUGAUGACUCAGACUCACUCACCACCUCUCUUUCAUCUAGCAGCCUAGACACUUGGGGUACUAACAAGAAAUUGCUCAAGAGCUUUAGUAAAUCUGACAGCCGUGGCCUUAUUAAGCCACCAAAGAAGAUUGGGACAUUCUUCUCCUACCCAGAAGAGGAAAAAACUCCAAAGGUUUGUCGCUCUUUGACAGAUGGGGAGAUGAAGAAGAACCUCGGCUCUCUGAGCCACGGGGUAAGUAAAGAAAGCCUUUGUUUCUAUGACAACAGGCGUAAACACCAUGUCCUGGUAUCCUUUGAAGAAAUUCAGAGUGUCAGGAAACAUAUCAGACUGAAGAAAACAGACUCUAACUACUCAUGUUCUAGAGCUUUUCACUGCCAGCGUCCUGCUAGGAAAAGCAUAUCCCCUUCCAUUUGUGACCUGCAACUGCUUCGUCACAAAGCCAAAGCAGGAGGAGGCUGUGGCUUCCCCAACAGAAGGCUCCGAGGGCGCAGCUCAAUCAGUGAGUUCAAUAUCACAUACGUGGUGGAAAGAAGCCUGUAUAGUCACCUCAAUCUCUCACAUCUGGUGCGGCCUGUUACUGACAGGACCCUGAGCAAAGCUGAAGAGCAGGAUUUGAGGCGAUGCCUGCUGGAGGAGGAAGAGGAGGCAAAGAGGAAGUGGGCUGCCACAGUGGACCGCUGUACUAAAAGGGUUCUCUUAAGAAUCCACCAAAAGUCUAGGACUUGCAGUUUUGGUGGAUUUGACUUGACAAAUCGCUCAUUGCAUAUUGGAAACAAUUUGGAUCAGAUGGGCAAAGAUGGUGAUUUUGUUUACAAAGAAGUGAUCAAAUCCCCUUCUACUUCUCGCAUAUCCCUUGGCAAAAAGGUGAAAUCUGUAAAAGAAACUAUGAAGAAACGAAUGUCAAAAAAAUAUAGCAGUUCUUUAUCAGAGCAGGACUCCAGUCUGGAUGUAAUGCCAGAAUCCCCUCAGUCACCACAGCCAGAUACUGACUGUUUAGAUAAGCCGAAGCUGAAAGCUGGUGGUUCAGUAGAAAGUUUGAGAAGCUCCUUAAGUGGCCAGAGUUCAAUGAGUGGGCAGACAAUAAGCACAACAGAUUCCUCAGCCAGCAACAGAGAGAGCGUCAAGUCUGAAGAUGGUGAUGAUGAAGAACUUCCAUACAGAGGACCUUUUUGUGGUCGUGCCAGGGUUCAUACGGACUUUACCCCCAGCCCAUAUGACACUGACUCCCUGAAACUAAAGAAAGGUGAUAUCAUAGAUAUAAUCAGCAAACCUCCCAUGGGUACCUGGAUGGGUUUGUUGAACAAUAAAGUGGGUACUUUCAAAUUCAUCUAUGUUGAUGUCUUAAAUGAAGAGGAAGAGAAGCCAAAAAGGCCAACAAGAAGGCGACGAAAGGGAAAACCUCCUCAGCCCAAAUCUGUUGAGGAUCUCCUUGAUCGCAUCAACUUAAAGGAGCACAUGCCCACCUUUCUGUUCAACGGCUACGAAGACUUGGAUACCUUUAAGCUUUUGGAGGAAGAAGACUUGGAUGAGCUCAACAUUCGAGACCCUGAGCAUAGGGCAGUUCUCUUGACAGCAGUGGAAUUGCUACAGGAAUAUGACAGUAACAGUGAUCAUUCAGGCUCUCAGGAGAAACUCCUCACAGAUGGCCAAAGUCUAAGUGGAUGCUCUCCCCGGGAUUCAGGAUGCUAUGAAAGCAGUGAAAACCUGGAGAAUGCUAAGAGUCAAAAACCUUGUCUUCUACCUUCAAAAUUAGCCAAUGAAUACAAUUUUAAGGAUUUCCACAGAAGUGCUCUGUCUACUUUGCCACUGACUAAAUCAACAGAUGGCCUUCAGGAAGCAGAAAAGACACAAUUUAGUUGCACACAUAAUGUUAAAAAGAGUUGCCUCAAGCCAGCUUCAGUCAUGUCUCUGAAGAAGAACCGCAGAAGUUUACCAGUUGGCAUCUGUCAGAGCUGUGGGACUCCAAAAGGCAACCAAAGAAUGCGUAUGUGGCCAAGAUCUCAUUCUCUGGGGGACCUCCAAGGAGAAAUUGACACCAAGAUAAAAGAUUCUGAAAAGAAGGUGGAUGGAUUCCUUCAAGGUAUGCUAGGUCUAACAAAAAAAUCAAUUAGCUUCGAUAGUAGUGGGCAAGUGACAGAACAGUUGGUGGCUAAAAAUACAUGUGGUGCUGUUUCUCUCAAGGGAAAAGCAAAGGAUCUUCAUUUUCCCACAACCAUCCCUUCCAGUGGAACAUUUCCUCUAUUCCUGCCUCAGUAUAACAAAGUUCAGUCAUCUUUACUUUCAUGUGACAUAACUUGGACAUCUCUUGAAAACCAUAAGAAAAGUAGUUCUGAUGUUGGAAGGACUGAUCAUUCUCCAGUCCUGAAAGAAAUUACAGAAGCUGAACUGAAGGAUGUGGGUGAGGCAAGAACACAUCCAAAAACUUGCUCACAGCCACCACCAGUCCCUGCAAAAAAAAACAGAGAACGUCUUUCUAAUGGACAUUGUCAUCCCCCUUCAGCCCCUUGUAAUCCAGAUGUGCCAUCUUUACCAGCAAAAAAGACCACCUCAUCUAGCCCUAUUGAUGCCCAUGAACUGACCUUUUGCAGAUCAUCUCCUGAACAGGAGCCCAAGAGCCCUUCAUGUGUACGGCCUCCUUGGUUUUCAGAUCUUCCAGAGACUUCUAGCAUCCAGCAACAUGUCCUAAAACUAGGUCCUUCUUCAGCAAGGAAGACCUCCUGUAAUAGAGGGCUGGAUCUGGAAAUGUUAAUAGAAAAUAAGCUGCAGUCUGAAUAUAUUGAUCUCACAGAAGACCCUUAUUCUGACAAGCAUGGCCGCUGUGGGAUUCCUGAAGCUUUGGUGCAGAGAUACUCUGAAGAUCUAGAGCAACCUGAAAAGGAAGUUGCUACAAACAUGGACCAGAUACGGGUGAAGCAGCUGAGGAAGCAACACCGUAUGGCAAUUCCAAGUGGCGGCCUCACCGAAAUCUAUCGAAAACCUGUGUCUCCUGGACAUAUCACUUCUAUAGCUGAUUGGCUGGUUUCUAUUGGUCUCCCAAUGUACUCAAAUUCCCUCAUGGCAGCAGGAGUUAAUGACCUAAGCAAAGUGCCUUCUUUGUCACAAACUUGCCUUCAGGAGGCUGGCAUCAGAGAAGAGAGACACAUCAGCAAACUUCUUGCAGCAGCAAGACUCUUCAAUUCUGAGACUAUUUAACAUGUCCUGGAAUGUACUAUCUGUAUCCUGAAGAACCUGCAGUUCCUUCAGUAUCCAUUUCAUCUAUAAUUUCUUCAGAGGACCAAGCAGAACAGGUUCCUAGGAAAAAAAUGAAUCUUUACUUUUUGUCAUAUAUAAAGGAAGCAGCUGUCAACUGAGGAGGAAACGGUACUAUCUAAUUUCAGCCCUCCCUUCUCAAAAAGAAGACACAAGAAAUUAUUGUAGUUUCUUAAAAGACCUUUGGGCCUGAUGGGAUUGUCUGUGUUGGCUGCAAAAAAGAGAUAUUUCUAUUUACUGAUAAAACUAGACUAUGUAAAUCCUAGGAAUUAGGAAGUGAUAGUGGAAGGAAGGGAAUAGUGUAAGGCCCCUGGAUGCUUGGGGUCACCUCACCUCUCUGGCAAAAAAGGUAAUUCACGGAUCACCAAUCACGGUUACAGUCCUAAACCUACAGAUAAAUAAGUACAUUCUAGAGGAAGUGGGGACACCUCCAUGAGCAGACACACCAUGGACGUAUUAAUCGGGGCUCUCCACUUACCCUUUUCAUUCUAGCAAUCAGAUGUACAAAAAAUAAGCCUCACCUUCCUGUUUUGGGAUAGUCUUACAGGCUGCUGAACCUCUAGGUAGGCCAAAGGUAUAAACCCAGCCUUUCUGGCUGUGCAGCGUACCGGACCAACUCAGAAAAUUUCUUGACUGUAUAGAAGUAAAAGUCAUUUUUAUAACUGCUUUUUUAGUCUUUCACUUUUUAUUUGCCUUAAUAUAUGCUUUUGAGCCAUUCACUUAGCAGCAUCUAUGUUUUGACAGAUCUUGCUUUGGGGAACCUGACAAGUUUUUCAUACAAAACAGUUUCUGUAGAUGAUCUCAUGGUGAUAUCUGUUUUGUACUUUUUAUGUUUAUUGUAACUUGACGUACUGUGUUAUACUGUCAAUUGCUAUGCUGCAGCUUUGACUUGGUAUCCUGACCAAAUCAGUGGGAAACACUGGUUUCUUAAAAGGGAAAGGUUUUCAGGGUCAGGGAAAGUAAGCAAAGAAUGUCUCAUGCACAGUCCUAUAACAUGUGUUAUAUUCCAUUUUUUGAUGGAAAAGAGUUCAUGAGCAACCAUCAACACAUGGUUGUAGGUGUUGAAGGAUGCAGUCCUAUGCAGUGUUACCUGAGAAUAAUUGCUGUUGAAUACCAUAGUAGUUAUUUCUGAGGUAACAUGCAUAGCAUUGUACUGAAAAUGACUUGGUUUGACA